AUGUUUAUAAAAAACUUCUUUAAGAAACAAUGCAGAUUUGAGAGAAAGCUAUUCGAAUCCUCCAUAUUCGAUAAUCAAGAGACAGUGGAUCUGGAAGAUGUCAAGUAAAUGUUGCAAGGAUUUCCUUGUCUGUCUGAAAUUGAUUAACUAGUUUAAAGUAUGACUAUCGUUUAGGUGUGUCGUGAAUUCCUAAGACUCAUCCCCCAAACAUUAGACAAUCAUAAAAAGCUAAAAGUUCUACUCACCAUGCAUGUGCUUAUGGGAGAUGUCAAACAUGGUAGAUUAUUUGUAUAGUAAUUAAAUUACUUUAAUGGUUGGGCAUCUACCAAUAAAGAAGACAUCCUUAAUAAGUUCAUCGGCAUUCAAACGAUGAUAAUACAUAAACUCUCCAGCAUCUAAGAAAUAUCUAAUAGAAGCAAACUAAAAGUCAGCAUUGAAGCCUUCUUCAAAGAUAUAGAUACAUCAGUCAUUCAAUUCUACAAAGCUAUCAAUUGUCUAAACUUCAUUCUAGCUUAAUAUGAUCUAUUCCUCAGUAUCUCUAAACUGCAUAACCGAACAGUGGUCAUGGAAAUUUACUUACUAAUCUGGAACGAUCUAAUAGCCAUGUAUUUGAUGCUUGAAAGGUUCAUACGACAAUUUAUGGAGUGCUAUACUUAACUCGAUCAGAAAUAAGCAUUGCAAGUCUAUGAACUAUUUAACGAAUAUAACAAAUUGACAGCCUCUGUGAGACAAUUUGGAUCCAUCAGUAACAAUUUCAAAAAUUGCAACAUUUCCCAACCUAAAUGGUAUGUUCCCACAAAAAAAGAGUAGGAUGAAUUACAACUGUAUUUUCAGAAUGUCAAAAUUUAUUUAACAAGUAGAACCAAAAGAUAGAAAAUUGAAAAAUCAGCUUCCUAAGUCUUGAGAGUGUGUCAAAGCACAGAUAGAAACUAUAGAAAAUCAACUUCAUUUGUUGGGCAAAAAGGAGAUAACUUUCUUUAAAAUACUACUUUAGGGUACAUGAAAAAAAUAUCUACUGCUACAAAUCCUAUUGCAUUUUAAUACACAUUUGAAAGCGAAUCAAAAACUGAAAUUUAAUAGAAAUGA